GGCCAAGGCGGCCGCUUCCUGGGCUUCCUCGGCAACUCUGAGCCCGAGGCCGACACCUCCCGCAGCCCCAGGCCCGGGCGGCGGCGUCAUGAGUGCGGCCGGGCUGCUGGCUCCGGCCCCGGCCGGAGCGCCACCCGCACCGGAGUACUACCCGGAGGAGGAGGAGGAGCUGGAGAGCGCCGAGGACGACGAGCGGAGUUGCCGCGGCCGCGAGUCCGACGAAGAUACUGAGGAUGCUAGUGAAACUGACCUGGCAAAGCACGAUGAGGAGGAUUAUGUUGAAAUGAAGGAACAGAUGUAUCAGGACAAAUUGGCAUCUCUCAAGAGACAAUUACAACAACUGCAGGAAGGUACAUUACAAGAAUAUCAGAAAAGGAUGAAAAAACUGGACCAGCAGUACAAAGAAAGGAUACGAAAUGCAGAACUUUUCCUUCAGCUGGAAACAGAACAGGUGGAGAGGAAUUACAUUAAGGAGAAGAAGGCUGCUGUGAAGGAGUUUGAGGACAAGAAGGUGGAGCUAAAGGAGAACCUGAUUGCCGAGCUUGAGGAAAAGAAGAAGAUGAUUGAAAAUGAGAAGCUGACCAUGGAGCUGACAGGAGAUUCCAUGGAAGUGAAGCCUAUCAUGACAAGAAAAUUGAGGCGGCGGCCGAAUGAUCCAGUUCCAAUCCCAGACAAGAGGAGGAAACCUGCCCCUGCCCAGCUGAACUAUUUGUUAACAGACGAACAAAUCAUGGAGGACCUCAGGACGUUAAAUAAGCUUAAAUCACCCAAGAGACCAGCAUCUCCCUCUUCUCCAGAGCAUCUCCCUUCUACACCUGCAGAGUCCCCUGCCCAGCGGUUCGAAGCUCGGAUAGAAGAUGGCAAACUCUACUAUGAUAAAAGAUGGUACCACAAGAGCCAAGCUAUCUAUCUGGAGUCAAAAGAGAACACCAAGAUCAGCUGUGUGAUCAGUUCUGUUGGUGCCAAUGAGAUCUGGGUUCGGAAGACGAGUGACAGCACAAAGAUGAGGAUCUACCUGGGGCAGCUUCAGCGAGGGCUCUUUGUGAUCCGCCGGCGUUCGGCUGCGUGACACCCUCCCCUCCCCCACCGUGGCUUUUCCUCAAAUGGCUUUUGGUUUUGGUUUUUGUUCUUAAGAGAAAUUAAACUUACAGGGAAUAAUAGCAACUCCGCCUUGGAAACGGACAACACUGUGUUACGGAUCCUGCAACCACUUUUGUGGCUGGCCACAUACUCCUUGGAUUAGUUCUUGGCCCUUCCACGCAGCCACCACCUUGAUCUCUUCCAUGCUUCACCUUGAGACUUUGUUACAUUCAGAGGAGACACACGCACACGCGUGUGCGCGCGCACACAUAUACACGCACGCAGAAAGGGAAUCUUUGUGUAUGUGCAUGCGUGUGCAUGCAUGUCUGUACACAUUGGUUUUGGUUGAUGAAAAAUGGUUUCAGAUGUCUUCAUGUGUUUAUACUCUUAAAAGUGGAGGUCAAGGUGGUGGUGGUGGGGGAGGUGUGGCAGCAUUUGCAUUUUCUUAUAGUUUAAUGUUUUGCAUAUGAUCCAUGCAAGUCACAUAGCCUUGUCCCAGGUCAAGAGCUAGAUUUGCUAUUUCUCCAGCAGCCUCAGGGCAGAGGUCUGAGCAGGAGAUAAAUUCUCCUGGUUCUCAGCUGCCACUGUGAAAUACUUUCUGUAACAGCUGGCACAUGCCAGCGAUUCCACUGGAUGAGCAUCUAAAGAUUUGCCCGGGAUUCCAGGUGUCCUGGAAGAAAUGGGGAGAAGGUUAAGAAUUCAUAAUACGUUGAUGUUACCAUCUUUUCAAUAACAUUUAAUCCUUGGUUAAAUCCCAAGACAUUUGCAAGCUUUUUUAAAAAAAGAUUUGGACAAAAAUAUCCUUUGGAGAAGACUGUGUCUUGUUAGUGUUUUUUUUCCCCUAACCGCAAAUAGAUGAAGAGGGGUGCAUACUGAAGUCUUAGGUUAAUUGAGUUGUCCACAAAUAGAAGGUAAAGGAGACUGUUAGCAAUGGUGUAAUCACUGAUAGGUGUACUCCCACAUAAAAUUCAGGAUUAUUUCCUCUUGCUAAUUCAGUUAUAGCUCAUUGACCAUUCUGGAACAACUAACAAACAGAAGAGACUUUUUUGGAGGAUCGUGCUCUUCGAUUCCAACAGGGCUGGCACAAGCUGAAACGGAAUUGUCCCUGCCUUGGCUAUUGGUGAACUUGGCCAGAUGGAAUCCAAAUGCCACACUGUACUUUAUGCCCCCCAUCAUUCUCCACUCCCCACUCUGUUGUCUCCUCCCCCCUCCUCUUUUGAUAACUGGAGAAAUGACUCAGUAGUUAAUAGUAUUUUCUAUAAUAGUGAUGUCAUUUUGAAUGUUUGUAGUGACCUUGACAUUAGGACCUCAGAGGCAGUUAGCAGCAGGAAUCAUGUGUCCUACUCAAUCUGUUUGUUGUAAAUGGUUUCAUUUACCCUGAGGGAUUCUUGUUGACCUCAUAUCUCUUGAUACACCAUGGAAAUGACUUUGGGAUUAGAACUAGUGUAAUUACCUUUGUUAGGGUGUUAACUUCAACAGAAACUAAGGAUACUUGAUUUGGAGUGAACAUUUAUAAAGCUUUAUUUUCAAUAUGAUUUUAAGCCCAUUUUCUCUUCAUUUUCCUUGUUUCCAAAAAUAGGAUAAAUGAGGCUUUUUCAAAAAGUUGUUGGGGUGUUUUAAAAAAAUGCUUCUCAGUAUUGAUUGUGUCAUGUACCACAAUCGGGCAUUAGCCCUAGGUCGGCUUUCAUUCAUCAAUCUCCCUUUGGCUUGUAGAUCCCCAGGGCCAGAAUUGUAGCACAGACUGGUCUCUGGCACUUUGUGGUUGUCAAGAACUUCUCACACUUGAAUUUUCAGCUUUAGCAAUGCCACUUGGUUCUCAUGGAAAAAUUGGUCAUUGCCCCCAAAUAAGUAACGUACUGUGCACGACUGAACCUUUUGGCUAUCGGAGGGCAUGGGUCGCUCAGUGUUUUACAUUCACACAAAACAUCUCUUGGCAGUUUGAACAAGUGGGCAUUUUUUUCUGCGCAUCAACAACAGCAGUAGCAAACCUCACGAAAUCCAAAAUACCAAAGUUUGGGUUUUUUGUAGAGAAUUGUCCAUGACUUCUCCCAGUGCCCACUGCCGCAUGGAGAGCUGCCUUUUCUUUUUCUUCCAUCAGGGGGUGUUUCUGUACUUUUGUAACAUGACCAAUUUAAAAAAAAAAGUCAUGCUUUGAGAAGUUGUAUAUGCCCUCUUCCUUCUGUAACUUUGAAAACCAUUGAGACCAAUAAUAAUCUGCUAUCUCCAUCAUCACUUUCUUAUGCUCCUUGAGCACCCUAAUGUCCCAUAAUAGUUAUUUUAUGACUCUUAAGCUCACCUUGAUCACAAUCUAAUAACUUUAAAGUGGGCUUUUGGAACACAGUGUACUAACUUGUUUCCCCUGCCUCCAGAAAGUUCAAUUCGUAUUUAAUUUAAAAGUCUGUGAUUGUUAACCAAGGAAUUUUCUUGUAGUACUUCAGUUGCUCUUUCUGGUGGUUUCUAAGAUAUCCAGAUGUGAGAACGUCCGUCUCAAAAGAUGGAGAUCAUUCUGUGAUUGAGAAAAUUUGUCAAAGGGGAAAGAUGGAUAGGCUUUGGGAUAGAGUAGAAUUAUGAGAGGAAGGGAGGUUUCCAUUAAGACCCACUUGCCUUGAUCAGGGCCUUCAACUCCAGACAGCAAUCACUGUUGUAAAGAUCUAGGAUUAUGAAAUGCCUAGCCCCUAGAUCUCCAGGUUAACUUCCAAGUUAAAAUUAUUUCCUUCAAAUAGCUGGCUUCUUUAGCACUUGGCACUUUCAAAAAGAUCAGUCCAAAUAAUUCUGUUUUAUGGUCUGUGUGAGAAUGUACGUGUGUUUUUGUCAGGCAUACCUGCCUGCAAUAUUGUAAAUAGCUCCCUGCUACAAGUCUGCCUCUAUGCCUGUUGCACCCCUAGGUUAUGUCCUUUAAAGUGCCAGUGUCUUUUUUGAAAAAAAUUUCAGAUAGCUUUUUGUAGCUGUACCAAAGCCAGGAUGUUUUAGGCAGAUUUGUGGCAUUUUUGGUACCUGUGUUUGUGAACUGUUUACCAAAUAAGUAGCUGUAAUUUUUUUGGUUGCCUUAACUGGGACAAAGGUGAAAUCUUGGUGGCUUAUGUGCAAAUGACGUAAAUGCCAUGCAGUGGGCUUCAUUUUUUGGGGUGUGUUUGUGGUUUGAUCUUUGUGAAAUGCUGUUUGGAACCCAUGGUAGCAUGUGACUCUCCAUCUUUGAAGAGUACUGAGCAGUGGGUGGGGAAGGGGAAACUCUUCCUUUUAGGAAGCAGCUUUUAAUUGAACCCUAAAGAAGAAAGCUAAGUUUUCUUAUUGUAAUAUCUCCCUAGUCCUUGAUUGUUUACCAAUUUUGUCAAUUAAAAAAAAGUUACCCUACUCA